CUGGCCCCACAAAUCUGGUCCCAAUGUAUCGGCUCAGAUUCCACGGGAUCAUACAAUAAAUUAGUGUCUCUUGAAUGUUCUCAUUUAAAACCCACGUCGUAUAUAGUGUGUUUGUGGGUAUUUAAUCGAUUCGACAGCCCUCACGUGGUCAGUAAUUAUUCGCUGUGAAUGAUUUGUAAGUCCCAUUCAUACAAAAAAAUUAAAACCCAAUCCACAACUUCCUACUUCAUUUGUCCGACACUCUCGCCCCCCCAGACGAAUCGGAGCUGAGAUAGAGAGUGACUGUUUCAAAAUGGCUCGAUUCCAAUUGAUUUCUCUCCUUUUCAUUCUCAUCGGAUGUGUCGCCGGCACAAUCGCUGGAUCGUCCUCCUUCGCCGAUGAAAACCCGAUCAAACAAGUUGUCUCCGACGAUCUACGUGAAUUCGAGGCCUCUGUCCUCCAAGUCAUCGGCCACACUCGUCACGCUCUCUCCUUUGCUCGCUUUGCUCACAGGUAUAGGAAGAGGUACGAGACAGUGGAGGAGAUGAAGCUACGGUUCUCGAUCUUCGCAGAGAGCUUGAAGCUGAUCAGAUCGCAUAACAAGAAGGGUCUGUCUUACACUGUGGGUGUAAACGAGUUUGCUGAUUUGACAUGGGACGAGUUCCGAAAACACAGACUGGGAGCUGCUCAAAAUUGUUCUGCAACCACAAAGGGAAAUCACAAGCUGACUGAUGAUAUCCUUCCUGAAACGAAAGACUGGAGGGAGGAUGGCAUUGUCACACCUGUCAAAAAUCAAGGUCACUGUGGAUCUUGCUGGACAUUCAGCACCACUGGAGCUCUAGAGGCAGCUUAUGCACAGGCAUUUGGGAGGCAAAUAUCUUUGUCUGAGCAGCAACUUGUGGACUGUGCCGGAGCUUUUAAUAAUUUUGGCUGCAAUGGUGGGUUGCCAUCCCAAGCCUUUGAGUACGUCAAAUACAAUGGUGGGCUUGACACGGAGCAAGCAUAUCCUUACACUGGAAUAGAUGGGACAUGCAAAUUCUCAUCAGAAAACAUCGGCGUCCAAGUUCGCGACUCUGUCAACAUAACGCUGGGUGCUGAAGAGGAACUAAAGCAUGCAGUAGCAUUUGUUCGGCCAGUGAGUGUGGCAUUCGAGGUGGUAGAUGGUUUCCGAUUAUAUGAGGAUGGAGUGUACACUAGCGACACUUGCGGGAGCGCUCCCAUGGAUGUGAACCAUGCUGUUCUUGCAGUUGGGUAUGGUGUUGAAAAUGGUGUCCCAUAUUGGCUUAUUAAGAACUCAUGGGGAAAAGACUGGGGCAACGAUGGCUACUUUAAAAUGGAGCUGGGGAAGAACAUGUGUGGUGUUGCAACUUGUGCAUCAUAUCCUGUGGUUGCGUAAGUGUCCUUGAAGAGGUGAUAAACUUGGGUAGAUUGCCAGAUAGAAGUUGUUCUGUUUCAAUGUGGAUGUAGUUAUUCUCCUUUUAUAUGAAGUUUUAUGUGUCUGAAGAUGUAUAUGUUGUACUGAAGAUGUUCCAGCCUUGAUGUACAAACUUAGACUCUGAGAAAGUGUUUCAAUAAAUGGUUAUUGAUCAUGUAAACAGAUGUAUAAAUUUCCUUCGAGCCGUUUCAUUAGACUCCCCCUGAUUCAUUCAUACAUGGAGAUGGCAAGGGAUUAGCCCCUGUUGGCACCGAGUCAACCACCUUCGAGCCGUGUCAGUACUGUGUCUUGAGUUGCGUUUACAGGUCUCUAUAGAAUGUAAGCCUGGCAGUUACUUCUCAUUAAUGCUCGAAGCUGAGCAUUAAUGUAAUGUUCUUCAUCGAGUGAACUUAAUUGAUUGAUCUUCUCUUGCAUCCUUUCGAGGUAUGAUCAAGUCUAAUCAUUGAAUGGACGACUUUAUCGAGGUACCAUAUGGUUGGUCUCAUUAUCUAAGAUUGACACUGUUAUCUAUAUUUUUUGACAUGCUUCUCGUGUCAAGAGGCGGGACAAUAGUUAUUCUCCAUGUCUUUUCAAUAAGAGUAAU